GUUGAGCUUUGUUGUCGUUUGUGUUUGUGAGAGAAAGUUCUCUCUGUGACUCAAAACCCUAUUGCGUGCUUUGCAAUCGACCCCGAUAAUGGCGAACAGUAAUCUCCCUCGAAGAAUCAUCAAGGAAACGCAGCGUUUGCUUAGUGAGCCAGCGCCUGGAAUUAGUGCAUCCCCUUCGGAAGACAAUAUGAGAUAUUUCAAUGUGAUGAUCCUUGGCCCGACCCAGUCACCUUAUGAAGGGGGAGUAUUCAAGUUAGAAUUAUUUUUACCAGAAGAAUAUCCAAUGGCUGCUCCAAAGGUUAGGUUUCUGACAAAAAUUUAUCAUCCAAACAUUGAUAAGCUUGGCAGGAUAUGUCUUGACAUUCUCAAGGACAAGUGGAGUCCUGCCCUUCAGAUUCGCACUGUACUUCUGAGUAUUCAAGCCCUUCUAAGUGCACCAAACCCAGAUGAUCCACUUUCUGAGAACAUUGCCAAGCAUUGGAAAUCUAACGAGGCCGAGGCUGUGGAAACAGCCAAGGAAUGGACCCGGUUAUAUGCUAGUGGUGCCUGAUGAUUGUGUGGACACUUUUGGCCUCAAAUAACUAUAGUGGAAGUGUAUGCUAUUAACUCUCAAAUUGAAAUGGAAAUUUGGAGGAAUUGUCUGAACUAUUUUGGAUUUAAUAUUCCUCAAUAGCUUCCGGUUACCUGUUGAUUGCUUUCUUUCUCUUGGAAGCCUUAUCUUGGAACUUGUAUUAAUACAUGUUAUCUUUUUUGUGUCAAAAAUUUUAAACAUCCUUCAUCUUCCAACUUCUAAGCAAUUUGGGAUCAUCAAACUUCAUAAUAAAAAAAAUUCCAA